GCGGACCAGCUGGAGCGGCGCAGGAGGCAGGACGGAGAGGGGCUGUGGCGAGGCCCGGCGGUGAGGGGCCAGGUGAGGGGCCCCGAGGGGGCCCGCGUGGAGCUCUGGAUCCGCCCCCACGCCUCGGGGGCCCGCCGGGGGGGCAGCGAGUCCAGCCGUGAGUCUGAGCAGGACGGGGAGCUGAGCACUCUGAGCGCCAGCGACCUCAACAAGAGGUUUAUUCUGAGUUUCCUGCACGCCCACGGAAAGCUCUUCACUAAAGUAGGCAUGGAGUCCUUCCCGUCGGUGGCGCUCCGGGUGCUGCAGGAGUUCGGGGCGCUCCUGCAGCACAGCCCCACGGCGCUGGGACGCACACGGCUGCUGCAGCUCAUCACCAUCAACAUGUUCACCGUCCACCACACCCACAGCAGAGUGGAGGGGGAGGUGCGCUCCGUGCUGCACCAGCAGUCCACCGGUCUGGGUCUGGCCAUGUUCGCACUGCUCCUCCAGCGCUGCACCCAGCUGCUGAGAGAGACCCCCGCAGAGCCAAUCCUGAUGGAGAACGGAGAGGGGGCGGGGCAAGGCAACGAGGCCGACGGCAUGGUGAGGGUCUCUGCCUUCCCAUUGGACCUCAGAGAGCUGCUGCCCAGCAUCAAGGUCUGGUCCGAUUGGAUGUUGGGACACCCGGACGAGUGGAACCCGCCUCCGUGCAACAUCAACGGCGGCCCUGACGUGUGGCGGUGCCUGGCCGACCUGUGUAACGCCCUGGCCCGCGUGGAGCACGAGGAGGCUCCCCUGUACACGGCCGACACGGAGGAGCCGGAGGGCGACGAGGAGCUGCGCCUGCUGCUGCUGGAGGAGGACAAGCUGCUGGCUGGCUUCAUCCCCCUGCUGGCAGCCCCCCUGGAGCCCUGCUACACAGACCCCCACACCGACACGGGCAUCGCGGCGGACUGCAAGAGGGUGACGGUGCUUAAGUACUUCCUGGAGGCGCUAUGCGGACAGGAGGAGCCUCUGCUGGCCUUCAAGGGCGGGAAAUACGUCUCCAUGGCGACCGGCCCGUCCCUCAACCCCUGGACGGAGCGCGGGAAGAAGAAGGAGUCCCCGGAGAAGGGAGACGACGUCAUCGUGGAGGCGGAGUCGUCUCUGUCGACCUCGGAGGACGGAGAGGCGGAGGACGACAUCAGAGAGCUGCGGGCGCGGCGCAGCGUGCUGACCAAUAAACUGGCCGAGCAGCAGAAGAGGCGGGACAAGAUACAGGCCGUGCUGCAGACGGGCGGGCAGCUGCAGCUGGAGGUGCGGCCGUACUACCUGGUCCCGGACACCAACGGCUUCAUCGACCACCUGGACGGGCUGCGCACGCUGCUGCGCUCAGCCGCCUACGUCCUGGUGGUGCCACUGAUAGUGAUCACGGAGUUGGACGGCCUCGCCAAGGGCCAGGACGGCUUCGGCGGCGGCGGUAACUACGGCAAUGGCGCCCACGUGCGGGCGGUGCAGGAGAAGGCGCGGCAAGCCGUGGCCUUCCUGGAGCGCGGGUUUGAGGCCCGGGAGCCCGGGCUGCGGGCGCUGACCAGCCGGGGGAACCAGCUAGAAUCUAUCGCCUUCCGCAGCGAGGAUACCUCAGGACAGCAGGGCAACAACGACGACGUCAUCCUGUCCUGCUGCCUCCACUGCUGCAAAGACACCGAGGACGUCCUGCCUGAGACCCCAGGUCCGGUGCGGCUGCACCGGGAGGUGGUCCUCCUGACUGACGACCGUAACCUGCGGGUCAAAGCGCUGACCCGCAACGUCCCGGUCCGCGACAUCGCCGCCUUCCUCAGCUGGGCCAAGGUGGGCUGAGGGGCCCGCCCGGGCCCCCGGGGCCGCCGCCGUACACCGCCCACCGCUGGGACAGCGGGGGAGCAGAGGAGACGCUGGGAGGAGAGGGGAGGGAGGAGGAGAGGGGAGGAGGAGGAGCCACCUCUUGUGAAGCCCAGGAAAUCCCUGUCCUGAAACCCAGGAAGUGUUGGAACUGAUCCCGAGGGUUCAGCCAGCGCUCAGUUUAUCCAGCUGCCCUCUCUUGAUGAGCGUCUGUGAGUGUGUGUGUGUGUGUGUGUGUGUGUGUGUGUGUGUGUGUGUGUGCGUGUGCGUGUGUUUAUGGAUCUGCUGGCUCCUCCGUGCCUGACCCCACCUCCUCGGUGCGAUCGGGAGAAGAAAAAGGGGUGUGGUUUGGUUGGAGGGGGUGUGGCCUGGUCCAUAUACAGCUAGACUUUGAUUCAGAUCACUAGAAGGAGUCGAUUCAGGCUCCGGUAGAACGAGAGCACAGCAGCAAUCAGAGAGAAAGAGCAGCAAUCAGAGAGAGAGAGCAGCACUCAGAGAGAGAGAGAGCAGCACUCAGAGAGAGAGAGAGCAGCACUCAGAGAGAGAGAGCAGCACUCAGAGAGAUUAGGACCUCAAGGAGUAGUGGCUUAGAUGGUGACAUUUCACCUCAGAACUCCUGGAGACGUGAGGCUGCACACAACACAACACGACAACCACAACAACACACCACAACAACAGAACAAAACACAACAACACAACAACAGAACAGAGCAACACAACAGAACAACAACAGACCGGACGCAGGUUGUGUGGGAGAAGACCACCGACCUAAAGGAGGGUUGGUUUGAGGUGAGCGCGCCCUCCCGGCCUUUACUUCCUGGACUGACGAAGAGGAGGACCUGGUUUCCUGUGUAGACAGAAAGGCCCAACAGUCCUCGUUAAGGGAGGCUGACCUCGUUAAGGGACGCUGACCUCGUUAAGGGAGGCUGACCUCGUUAAGGGAGGCUGAGCUCGUUAAGGGAGGCUGAACUCGUUAACGGAGGCUGACCUGGUUAACGGAGGCUGACCUGGUUAACAGAGGCUGACCUCGUUAACGGAGGCUGAACUCGAUAACGGAGGCUGACCUCGUUAAGGUUGGCUGACCUCGUUAAGGGAGGCUGACCUCGUUAAGGGAGGCUGACCUCGUUAAGGGAGGCUGAUCUCGUUAAAAGAGGCUGACCUCGUAAACAGAGGCUGACCUCGUUAACGGAGGCGGACCUCGUUAACGGAGGCUGGCGUUUUGUAAUUUUUCUCCAUCAGCAGAGGGGUUUAUGUUUUAUAAUCUUGUUUGAUUCAGUUAUUUAUACCGCUCUGUAAUUCAUUGUUUAUUUGAACCUGUGUCUGUUGGUGUCAUCGUUCACAUGCUGGACCUCUUCUCGGGAUCCUACAACCUCCCUUGUUGGUUUCGGUUGGACCGCAAAAGGUUUCUAGCGGUUCUUACCGUUCUUUGAUUGGAAAGACUUUCCCUCUAGACAAGUAGUUUUAGAUCUUUAUUUAUUUGGCCGCGGGGCUGCGGAGGACGCCUUUGGGAAACAUCUCUUCCUCUGUUAGUCGUGUACAUUAGAGGGAAAAGGUUCGGCUCCCAUAGAAGUCGUUUUCAUUGACUUUUUGUUGCCCAUGUUUUGUCUUCCUUUCUCUUCAGUUCGACCCUUACCCUCAUUAAAUCGAGCAUCACCCAUCACCCCUUUCAAGAGUUAAAUUUGCUCAUUCAGUUCAAUUAGCUCAGUCAGUUCUCUAGCUUAAGAAACAAAAGUAUGUUGUACUAACUAUAGAAUCUGUAUCCUUUGUUGCGUAUCACAUUUUUGUCUGGCUUCAAAAUAAAUCUAUAUCCAGUGCAUGUUAAGAAUGAUUGAUUGCUUACCUGCAUGGUUUUAGUGGCACACCUUUUGUAGCCACUUCAGUCAGCAGACGGCCUCACCGUCAGCAGUCUGGUCCGAACCGUGUCAUCUGGUCAGUCUACUGGUACGUAUACUGGUUACUGGUUAGAUCUCUGGUUAGUAUGGCGAAGAGGAGGACCAGUUGCGUUAUCUUUGCUGCAUUUAUGGACUGCUCUUUUUUUUAAUGACAUGUUGCGCUCAAAAGUUCUCGUCCAUUUGUCAAAGGAUAAUAAAAUAAGCACAUGGAAAAUGUA